AUGGAGCUGCCGGAGAUCGACGAACUACCGAAGAAGCUUCUUCGGGAGGAGGCUGGGCGCGCCUUUCGGCUUCAAGCCUCGGCAUCCUUGGACAUGUGGCUCUGCGUCAAGCGGGCCAUCUCUGCUGCCGAGCGGGUGAAGAAGGCCUACGACGACGGAAGGGCCAAGGUUGCUGAAGCGGGCAAGGCACUCCAGGACCACGCCCACCUGCUCAAGGAGAAAGAGGCUGCCGAACGGCAGGCUCUCGCUUCGGGGGGGAAGGUAGAGGAGAUGCGGGUGGCCUUGGCGGCAACGCAGGCGGCAGCGAGGGAUGCCGAGGCAGCUUCAGAGGCGGUUCAGGUUGCCUUGGAGGAGUCCGAGCGGACCAAGGCUGCGGAGAUCGAGGCUGCCGUUCGGUCAGCUAUCCAGGGAUACCGCUCGUCUGAAGAGUUCACUGCUCUCUUGGAUAAGGAAGUGGGCUCGAAAAUGGCGGACCUGUUGUACCGGUUCAAACGGUACAACCCCGGGAAGAAGCUGAAUCUGAACUUCAGCGCCGAUCCUCCCCCACUACCGGAAGGGCUGACGGAGGAUAUGAUUGAAGAAUACGAGGGGGAAGACGCCGCCGAGAGCUCCGAGUCUGCCGAGGCUGCCACCGCCGAUGAAACCUGA